AUGUAUUUGCUUGACAAAUUCGGCCUCUUGCGGGACGAUCCACGAGGAGUGGGUGAAGAAGAAGAGAACCAGGAGGAAAGAAGAAGCAUGGGUAUUCUUUUCCCGCAGAACCUCACAACCAAGUAUUUAUACGUGAGCGAGUCUUUUGAUUGUUUCGACGCGAUUGGAAAUGGCAUGGUGCAGAAGCGGAUGUUGUUCAUCGCCGCCAUUUGUGUGUACAUCGCGGCGGUCAACAUACACAUCGUGCCGUUAAUCUCGACCGACGUCGGACACUGGUGCAAGAGGCCGCCGCAUUCCAACGUGUCCCAGGCUGACUGGAGGAAUGCGGCUAUUCCUUUGGACGCGUCUGGAAAGCCAAGCCAAUGUAGCAUGUACGAAAAUCCCGAGCAGCCCGACAACGCGACGACUGUGCUUUGCCUGGACUGGGAGUACGAAGAGCGCUGGCCCAGGGAGAGUGCCGUGACCACGUGGAACAUGGUCUGCUCGAGGCAGUCGCUCAUCGCCGUGAUGAUCGUGGUACAGAACUUUGGAACCGCUUUGUGUGUGACUGUAGCCGGAUACCUUGCAGACCGCAUUGGUCGGAAGUCUGUAGUGAUGCCGUCGCUGGUGGUCAUGCUGCUGUCGACUGUCAUUUUGUGCGUUUCCACUGCUUACCCCGUGUUCGCAGCGACGUUAUUCUUCGCAGCGGGCUCCAAUGCCGUCGCUAUGACCGUCGCCUCCUUGAUCCUCUUCGAGGUAUCCACUCACGCAAACAGGCCUCUGUUGAACGUCUUUGCCUCAACGUUCGGUGUCCUCUCUUCCGAUCUGUCGAUGGCAAUCCUGGAGCGAGCCGAGCUAGACUGGCAGCUCAGAUUAGCGCUCUUCCUCCUGCCAGCGCUGUUGGUGCUGCCAGCGUUCUGCUUCAUUGAUGAGUCACCGCGCUGGCUUGUGGCGAAGUCCAAGCUCCCCGAAGCGAAAAACAUCAUGCUGGCAGCCGCCGAGGUCAACCACUUUCCUCUCUCGAACACGAUGUGCCUGCUGGAGAGACUGAAGGCAGACAUCGACGGCCCCUUUGGGGAGCCUACGUCGGCCGAGGCAGCCAUGCUGGGCAAAUCGGCCAUCCGAAAGCACGCGGUGAUUAUAUUUACCUGCACUUUUACAACGCUCUUCGGUUACUACAGCACAAUUAUUUCACCGAUCUGGGAAGACGAUCCGGCGCUUCACUGGUUCGCAUUCGGGGCGGCUGUGUUGGCGUACGCCGCUACAAAUGUUCUGAUCAGGAAGGUAACCAUGCUAUCAACAAUCGCCGGACUGUUCGGGCUGCUAUUUGGACUCCAUUGCCUACUAAGCAUCGCAAUCGUAGGUGCGCCGGUGAUCGUCAGCAAGGUUCUGUUGGUGGUGACAAAGGUUUUAUACGUAGUCACCGCCAUCAUUGUUCCUUGCUACUCCCUGGAACUCUUCCCGACCGCCGUGCGCGGCUUGACCACGUGCUGCGGCUUCGGCUGCGGUGUAUUCGGUGCCGCCAGUGCCGCCAUGGUUCUUCUGCUCAACCUCGAGGGACGUUAUGAUAUCGCAUUCGCUCUACCGGCGUUGUUGCUCUUCGGCUCAUUGCUGGCGAUGUGUAGCCUUCCGCGUACCACGACGGUCGAGUGCGCCAAGACGACCCCUUCCACGGCUGAGGAUCGAACUCGUUGA